AUGAGUUUAACUGGUUCAAAACAAAUAGUUAUAGAUGGUAAAAACCAUAUUUAUGGUAGGUUAGCUGCCAUAGUUGCUAAGAAGGCUUUGGAAGGAAAUAACGUGGUUGUUGUCCGUGCCGAAGAAAUAAUUAUUUCUCGUUCUCAAUUUAGAAACCGUCUGAAGUUUAUGGAGUUUUUACGUAAACACUCAAACUCAAACCCCACUAAACACAGCCACAUUCACUACAGAGAACCAUCAAAAAUGUUCAAGAGAGCUAUUCGUGGAAUGCUCCCUCAUAAAACUAGAAGAGGAGCUGACGCUUUAAAUCGCAUCAGUGUUUUCGAAGGAAUCCCAGGCAAGUUUGAUAUGAAAAAACGAGUCUGCGCUCCUGAUGCCUUGAAACAUUUAGUUUUGAAAAAUGUAACUCCAACUACUAGACUUGGCGAUUUAAGUAGCUCUGUCGGAUGGAAAGGAGAUGCCGUAGUUAAGAAACUUGAAACUAAGCGUAAGGAAAAGAGUUUCGCCAGAUUUGAAAAGAGAAAGAACCAGCUUGCAGAAUUCAAAGCUAAGCGCCAAAAUGCCAUUGCUUCCGCUGCAAAAGAAGUCCUUGAAACUCUGGCUAUGGUUCAAUAA